CGUAAAACAAGUUAAAAAACCUUGCUCUGCUUCCUCUCCACGAAAACCCCUAAAAACUUUCCUAUCUUUUUAUGUCAUGAAUUCAUCUUUAUAGCUUCAUCUUCACAGCAUCCAAGGCUUCAGUUUUACAGUGUUCGUAGGUUAUUUUUUCAGGUUCAGUAACUCAUUCACAGAAGAAGAAUCCAAGCUUGUGGAUUAGAAGGGGUUCAUUUUGUCGAUUCCCAAGCUAUGGCUGCUAAGCUUCUUGCAAACUUAAUUGUGAUUGGUGGAGGAAUAAUGACAAGAGCAUUUGUUCAGGCAUAUCGUCAAGCACUUUCUAAUGCCUCAAGAAAUGGUGUUGCACAAGAGACAAUACAAAAUACUAUCCGCAGAUCUAGCAAAGGGAUGACACAACAAGAGGCUCGGCAGAUUCUUGGUGUUACUGAGGAAACUUCCUGGGAGGAGAUUGUGAAGAAAUAUGGUAGUUUAUUUGAGAACAAUACCAAGAAUGGGAGUUUUUACCUCCAAUCCAAAGUUCAUCGGGCCAAGGAAUGUCUGGAGGCUGUCCAUCAAGGCAAGAAUCCGGGUACCCCUUGUUGAGAACUUGGUUUUUCUUUAUCUUAUAAUAACUCUUGUGUAAUCAUUUUGGUUUUUCUGUCAUAUUUUGCUGAUUUUCGUGUUGAUAGAAUGUAUGAUAAUUGCCAAGGCUUGGUUUAGGUCAUCAAUUUCGCAUUAGUUCAGGCAAUGUCUUAUGUUGAGCCAAAUACAAGAGGUUAAUGAUGUUCCAAAUAUCAAGAGUUCAAUUGCAAAAAAUAAAUGCUAUUUGGUACAUUAGAAGUAUGGAUUCUACUAGUGCACUUAGGACUUUGUAGAAAAAAAAAUUAUAACCAUUGGAAAAUUAAGGACUGAAAUUGUGAUUAAACAUGCUAUGCAUA